GCCGCUCGCUCAGUCACAUCACAGGCUCACAGCACCCCAAGCUCACUGCUCCCUUCGAGUCGAAGGAAAAAAGAAACUCACUCCCCUGCCGACCAAAACCUAACCACCGAUCCCCACCCUCUCCACCCUGCCGGCGGCCGAACGGCUGCCCGUCAUGUCCUCGCCGGCGCCGCCAAUUGCCCCGGCCAUGGCCUCGCCGACGCCGCCAGUCGCCGAAUGUCCGACACCGUCCUCGCUCCUGGCCCUUCCGGAUGUGAACCUGGAGGAUAUAUUCCUCCGCCUGCCCACACCGGCGGCGCUCGCCCGCGCCUCCCUCGCCUGCGCCGCCUUCCGCCGCAUCAUCACCGAGCGCUCUUUCCUCCGCCGCUUCCGCAAACUCCACCCGCCUCCCCUCCUCGGCAUCAUCGACGACGAAGGUGUCUUCGUGCCCACCGAGGCGCCCCACCCUUCCGCCCCGCUCUCCCGUGCUCUUGUCCAAGGGGCUGAUUUCACCUACUCCUUCGUCCCAAAGCCACUCGGUAAAAAUCACACAAUCUGGUCUCCCUGCGACGUCCGCGACGGCCGCGUCCUCCUCGAGCACCGCCGGUCUGGAGCUCACACUUUCUUCACAGACCUGGCGGUGUGCGACCCCCUGUCGCGGAGGUACCUGCUGCUCCCACCCAUUCCUGAGGAUAUGACGAUCGAGCAAGAGCGCCUCGAUGAAUUGCGGCAUUUCCUCAUUCCCAUUCGCGAGAAUGAAGAUGAGACAUCGCUCAAGGUGAUCUGUCUGGCAUAUUACAGAAGCAAGUUGGUCACAUUCAUCUUCUCUUCUGUCACGGGACAAUGGUGUAUAGCUGCGACUACCAGCUGGAGUUCUUUGGGCGUAGUUGACCCCUUCAGGAGAUUGUUCUCCUGUUUUAACUACUUUCGCGGCUGCUUCUACUGGUCCUUGGAUUGGGAGCACAAGCUGCUUGUGCUGGACACACACAGGAUGGCGUUUUCCACUCUCAGUAUUCAUCAUCCUGCCUACUAUAUGAAGUUUAUAGGUCAGCCUGAACACAUCAGAUGCAUGCCUACUGUUGUCGAGGAUAGAAAAGGAGCCCUUGAAGUGUUUAAUCUUGUCGGUGAUCCUUUUGAAUCUACCCCGUUUGAUCUCACCGGUGGUCCUUACAAUCUUACCCCAUUUUACAUCUAUCAUACCUUUCGACAAAAAGGAGAAUCUUCCAGUGAAUGGCAGCUGUUAAAUGUUAUGGAGUUGCCUCGCGGAUAUUGUUAUUAUACUGUGGGUGCAGCUGAGGGGUUCUUAUUCCUUGGAGCUGGAGGGAUUGGGAAAACUCAGCCGGAUGAUUGGGGUGCAGAUGUUUUUUCGCUGGAGGUCAAGACUUCUCAACUUAAGAAGGUCUGUAGAGCAACAAACGUCACUGUCUUUUGUUUUCAGUCUUACUUCGGCUUCCCACCAUCAUUGUCAACACCGAGUCUAUGAACUACAAAGCGGUGAAUAUCACCCUUUGUAAGUCAUCAGGAUCAUACAAGACUCCAAACUCCCACCCUCAUAUCAUCGAAUUUCGCUUCAAAGAUGGAGCAUUUGCAGCACUAGAAGCAGCCACAGAUUGCCACAUAUCAACAAACAGUCAAAUACCCCACAUUAGACAAUAAGCAGCAGCAGCAGAAUAUAAGAAGCAGUAGUAGUAGCAGCAGCAUAUAGCACAGAGCAGGAGAAGGAGGGGCGGAGAGUUUGAGAAGACUCGGUGCGGCUGCUGCUUGGAGAGUGGGGUGGCGGCGGCUGCUCCAGCCUCCUCCAACGAGGGUUACUACUACGGGAGGGGAGGGGAGAGCGAGGAAGGAGGGAACAAGCUGUGACCUAAACACCCAGUUUUGGGGUAAAGGAGGGAAUGAGCCAAAGUUUUGUGCCCAAAUUUCUCUCUCCAGUUAAUCGGCCCAGUGGGAUAAAUCGGCCUUAUAGCCGAUUAAUCGGCCUGACAGCCAGUUAAUUCGCUAGACCAGUUAACGCGAAGGAUAUGCUGUUAUCGCAUCCGUGACCUAUGGAAUCAGGAUUAACUGGCCUAUUAACUUAAAUAUCGGCUGAUAUUUUGAACAGUGAGAAAAGGUGAAUUGGACACCCAAGACAACACCUUCAUGAAGGGGACAACGGCGGCGUCACAGCGGGCGCCCUCUUCGUGAAGGUUUUGUCUUGGGUGGUCGCGGAAGUCCCCGGUGUUGAAUGUGAUGUUGGACGUUGUACUUGGUCUUUGGAUGCUCCCCAGGGUGUGGGCAUCCAGGGCUCAAUGUAUGACAUCGCCCGCUUCCUCCAGGCCUUUCUCCUCCGUCCUUCGGCACGGUCGGGUCCGGCAUCCCGCUUGCCUUCGGUCUGUGAUGGAGUGGUGGCUGCGCGACGGAGGUUCCUUGUGUUGGUCGUGACACGGUCUGCGUGCCUUAUGUCCCUUCUCUUUGCCUUUCGUUGCUUCAGUUUGGGCUAGGCGAUUCUUUGGGAUUUGUUGCCUGUGGUGUGGUGCCCCCUCCCCCUCUCUCUUCUUUGUUGUAACAGUUCUCUCCUACAUAUCAAUGAAAUGAUACACAAUUCUUUGCCUAUUAAAAAAUGUAUCAUGAAAUAUGAAAUCUGAUUCUUGAACUCAGUUUCCACUCCAUUUUCAAUGGAAGACUUGAGUUUCUGGUAUUGUAUUAACUUGAGAGCUGCCGCAAGUCAUCAACUUUCUGAAAUAGAUGUGUGAAGAAAUGCAUUGGAUGUCCUCCAUUAUAAUAGGUGUAUAUGAAAUUCCAACUUCAUUGUAUGUGCUUUAUGCACAUCAUUAACCAGCAGAGCAUAUGCAUAUAAAAUGUAGCAUUGAUAUCAAGUUAGUUUUGUGAUAUUCUAUUUCUUUAGGUGGAUAGUCAAUGGUCUAAGAUUCUUGAUGAUUGCCCAGCCUAUUAAUUACACACAUCCUCGAAUUUUGCUUAUAUCCUUAUUUCGUAAUAAUAUUUUGAUGACUAACUCCUAGUAUUUGACUACAUGAAACCUGUAAAGCAUCUUUGUAGUUGUCAACGCUUGAACAAAUUCUUGCACAAAUAAUGGAUGGAGACUAGUCUAGAUACCUAUGUGGUCAUAAUAUUACUUGUUACUGAGCUAAAAUCUUAGUUCCUCUAUAUUUUACUCCGUCUUAGGCAUUUAUUUCUACCCAAUGCCGUGAUUCCAAGUUAUUAGUCGUGGGCUUGAUUUAUUGGCUUGGUAUGUUGUGGAGGAGACUUCUAAUUUUGGCUUCACAAGUUUGAAAUCUCAUAGUGUGGCUGCUUAAAAAUUGGCUAUGUCUAGUACAUAUCUUUGGAAAGAUAUAGGAGGGGAAAUGUCUUGGGCUUAGGCUUAUGGUACAAUUUUAGGUCUUAGUAUUUUACACAAUUCUUGAAGUGUAACAUGUGCAUCAGUUAUUUAUUGUUCUUAGCAUUUUACACAAUUCAUGAAGCAUAACAUGUGCAUCAGUUAUUUAUUGUUUGAGGGCAUUGAGGCUCUAUAUUUACCAUUCAAAUGCUAUGUAAUUUUUUUUGUUCACUUUCUUCAAAACUGUACUUACAUGUCCCUGAGACGAUCCUGGAGCAUGAAUGGGAGUAGCUCAUGUUGCCUUUUACUCUUAAGAUGUACCAUAUUUCUCAAUUUUGCACCUACUUUUUGAUAUUGUUCUCUUCCUAAACACUUGUAAAAUGGCUCUGACACUUUCCAAGCAGGAAUGAACAGCUUAUGUCCCUCUAGUCUUAUAUCUUUACUGUACUUAUCAAUUUUGUGCAGAUUCUUAUCUUGAAACCGCAGAAUCAAAGAUUUUUUAUAGCAUUGUUGUAACUAAAUACAU